GGCCACUGCCUUUGACAUUAUACUUCUUGGUAAGUACUCCGAUCUCUAAUAGUACCUUUUCUUUUGUUUACAGAACUCCUCGGCCUGUGAUUCUAUGGUAGGUAACAUUGAUCUUGUGAUCUUGCUUGCGAGGCACGAUCUAGCCGCAAAUUUCUCAGCGGUCAGCCGGAGCCUGGGUCCAGUGACAUUCCUCCUUUCCGAGCGUCUAACAGAAUCCAACACUGACCCAAGAAUACCUUUCGCCGCUGUUCAGCUGAUCUUGUUGACACUGACUGGCUCUAGCAGCUGCUAUGUCAUGAAAUGGCAGUAUUUUUAAUAGCACAUAAGAAGUUUGUCACCGUGAGUGACUCGGAGUGUCUUCAUCACUCUCCCGGCCACGUUCACCAUGUACGGUGGUCACUAUUCUGCCUUUAAUAUCCGGAUUAUUUUGAUUUUGACCCUUGGAAGUCUCACAUACGGCUAUGCUUUCAGUGUCAUCUCCAAUACCUUUGGACAGCCUGGUUUUCUUCAGUACUUCUGUCUCUCUGGCAAUGCCUCAUAUACAAACAAAAUCGAAGGCUCAAUAAGCGGCUUAUUCUCUGCUGGUGGCAUUCUUGGAGCCCUCACAGUUGGCUACAUGUGCGACAAGCACGGUCGUAAGAUUACUAUGAACACCGCUGCUCUGAUUUGCAUCAUUGGCGGAGCCCUUCAAGCAGGCUCAAUUAAUGUUGCCAUGCUUCUCGUAGCACGCUUCAUCACUGGAUGUGGAAUUGGAAUGAUGGUUGUUCUCAUACCUAUUUUCCAGGCAGAAAUCUCCCCUCCCUCCUCCCGUGGCCUUCUUGUCGGCCAACAUGGGGCUUGGAUCGUUUUCGGAUAUGCGAUUGCAAGCUGGGUUGGUGUUGGGACGUUCUAUUCUUCCGAUCUCAGUUUUCAGUGGCGCUUCCCUCUUGCUCUCCAAUGUGUCUUUCCCCUUGGCUUGUUCUGCUGCAGUCCAUGGGUUCCCGAAUCCCCGCGUUGGUUACUCAUGCAAGGGCGCCAUGCAGAAAGUUGGGAUAUUAUCUCUCGCCUUCAUGUCGACGGAAGUAUUGUGGACACGAACAAGGUUUCAUAUGCCCAAAAAGAAUUCCAUCAGAUGGUAAAACAAGUAGAAAUGGACUCGCAUGCAUGGAUCGCUGGAGGUGGUACCCGUCAGAUGUAUAGCAAGGCAUCGUACCGUAAAAGGAUGAUGAUUGGGUUCUUCACACAAUAUGCUGCCCAAGCCACUGGUGCAAUGGUUGUCUCAAACUACAUGGUCAAUUUGUAUAAUGACUUGGGCUUUAAUGGAGGAUUGGUCUUGAUCCUCGGCGCACUGUAUGUCACUGUUGCAACGAUGGCGAACUUCCUUGCGUCCUUCCUCAUGGAUCUCAUUGGACGAGUGCGCCUCCUCAUCAUCGGAAUGAUUGGAUGCAUGAUCACUCUUAGCCUGGAAUGCGCUAUGGAGGCCGAAUACAUGGGCACCAAUAACCGCGUAGGAAACUCUCUUGGGGUGUUCUUCAUCUUUUGCUUCAUCUUCUUCUAUGCGGGAGGCAUCGAUGCGACUUCAUAUGUGUACUGCUCUGAGAUCUUCCCCACACACAUCCGCUCGCAGGGAAUGGCGUUCUCAAUGAUCGGCACGUUCCUUUCGACUGUAGUAUUCCUUGAAGCAGGGCCAACUGCACUCUCCACCAUCAGAUGGUACUAUUACGUGAUGUUUAUCUGCUUGACUGCGGUUCAUGUCAUGAUUAUAUGGCGACAUUUCCCCGAGACGAAGGGGCUUUCGCUUGAAGAAAUCAACAUGAGGUUUGGGGAUGAAGUGGCAGUUCACUUCUCAGCAGCAGGAGAUAACUCGUCAAAAAAUUAUGAAUCAAACACCCCUGAAGAGAAGGAAGGCAUCUAACACAGAGGGUGCUUAGUGCGGCCAGGUAGUACUGGCAACUUAUGCAAAGUCUAGCGGUUCUUUCAAUCUUGACGUUGACAUAUUGGAACAACGCAAAU